GUCAAACAAAAACGGCAUGAUAUCAACAAAAGUGCUCUUUCCGCAAAUUUUCUGCUGUUUUUCACAUUUUAAAGCAUUUUAGCGAUGUCGAAGACGGAUGUGCAGAAAAUUUACAUCGACGAAGAUCCAAAUGCGACCUUGACACACGAAACAUGUCCGGAAUGUGCAAAACAGGGAAAAACGUUUAAUUUGCGUUACAUGCACAUCAAUUACGAGGAGGCUGUGUACAAAUGUUCUAGUCCAGACUGCAUGUUCCCCUACAGGAACUUUAAAUUUAAGAAUUUCGUCGAGAAAACCGUCUAUCGGUACAAUGUAGCGUCCUCCGAAGACGAUACCGACAACGAAGAUGUCGAUAAUUGGCUGGAUUCGUUGUCUUUUAGUCCUGCCAAAACGCAAAAAGCCCAAAAUGAAACGUACUCAUCGUCGGAACAAGCCUUCUCGCAUGCCAUGGACCAAUUACAAGACGAAUUGAAUGAAAUUCUCUCGUCGCAUUGCAAGGAAAUCGAAAAAUCCGCAUCAGAUAUCAGUCCAUCGCCGUCGCCGCCGCCUCUGCUGCCUGAAAAAACCGAAAAAACUCCUCAGAAAAAGCCUCAAAGUGAUAAACCGAGAAAACUCUCCAAAUGCUACGACUUUAUUCGACAAAAAUCCGGAGGAACGUUGGAUGUGCCGAAAGUCAAAGACACUCCAGAGCAUAAUUUAACGCAAUCUACCUCGUUCAAAGUGCCGCAUCAACCGGUGAAAGAAGCAAUUAACUCGCUAAAAAUGAAUUUACAAAGUCCAAAGAAACACAGAUCGGGUCGCAGCAGCAAGAGACACUCGAAAACGCCCGUCGCGCCACAAAGUAGUCCAAAGAAGCCAAAGAAGGGAAGCGAAACGGAUCGAUCUCAGGCGUUGUCGUUCCUGAAUCACGUCGAAAUGUUCAACAAAUGCCAAAAGGAGCCAGAAAAUAUUCCGAUGGAUACGCAAACGACAGACAUUCCGUUUCGGAUUGACAUCCUGCCUUUGUACAGCGAGCCUCAGAUUUCGAGUUUUAAUAACAGUCUCGGUCUAAAAAUUAAAGUUGAAGAAAAUAAAUUCAGUUACUAUUGA